GCCUGGGCAGAGGACGAGACCUGUAACUGGAGCGUGACUCAUGUUCCAAACUGUGCACCUAUUGAUGCUCGGCUGUUCACGAAAGAUGAAGAGUGGAUAUGUCAAUAUUUGUUAACGUAAAAGCGACAACAACCGUAACGGUGCGGGGACGUCUGCUUUAGAGUAUGCUACUGCAAUCAAAUAUCACGCCUGUAUUAGUCCAUAGCAGUGAACAAGUAGGCCUAUUUGUUCUGCUUGUCAGGUAUCUAGUGUUUAUCCUUGAAUCAUAAUUCUGGGCCUAUAUCCAGCUCCUUCGUUUGAUUAGAAAAUGCCUCUCGUACAGAAUCAACAACCCGGAAUUCUGACUGAAACUCCUAUAGGAUCAUUCAAACAGAGGAAACAGAAGUCCAUCAUGGUCACUGUGAUGUUGCUCAUUGUGUCUGUGCUCAUCCUUGUCUUUGGACUGGCAGCCACCACCAGGACACAGAACAUUACUGUCGGUGGCUACUACCCAGGAGUCCUUCUGGGCCUAGGCUCCUUUCUCGGAAUCAUCGGAGCCCAUUUGAUAGAAAAUAAGAGGCAGAUGCUGGUGGUGUCCAUUAUGUUCAUCAGUUUCGGAGUGGUGGCUGCCUUCUGCUGUGCCAUUGUGGAUGGGGUGUUUGCAGCAAGACGCAUUGACCUUAGACCCUACUACGCCGGUCGCUGUGAUUUCCACGCCAAUUCCAAACCCUCUGUUGAUUAUGAAGAUGUUCACUGCCAGACAGCAUCCCGGGCUACCUGUAACUUACGUGUGAAAUCCAAUACCUGUUACUGCUGUGACCUCUACAACUGUGGCAAUCCACCCACCUCUCCCACACACUGGCCUAGCCGUGUGGAGCUUAUGGGGGGCUACCAUGAGUACACGGAGGUGGGGAGCUGCGAGGACGUGGUGCACCUCCACCACCUGCUGUGGUCCGCCAUCAUUCUCAACAUUGUCGCUCUCUUCCUGGGCAUCAUUACCGCCGGCGUGCUAGGAGGUUUCAAGGACUUGACACCCAUGUUGACCCCUGACUCGUGUGAAUCAGAGCCCCUUCCUGCAGCCUCUUUCCCCUUAGAGUUUCCAGCUCCCAGCACCCCCUCAUUCAACUCCUACCUCAACACUGCCCCCUACCUGCCACCCUACACUGCCUACGACCUGCAGGGCUCCAGCAUGAUGUUCCCUGACUCUUCUGGCCUGUCUGAUGACUCCCAGUCAGGGGCUAGCCGCAUAGGGGCCAGCCGCAUGUGGCCCACCCUGGUCCCCCCAAGCUACUCUCCCCCUUACUCCCCCCCCGAUGAGAAGCCCCCACCAUACAGCCCCUAGGAGAGUGGCUGGUCCUGGGAAAGAACAGGGGAGGGCAUCCAGCAUCAUCUCCUCUUUUGCCAGCUGCAGUAACAACAAUGGGCAUUGAUAGGUGUUGGUGGGCCUUUAAUAUUAACCUGUUUGAAAGAGAGCUGCUGCUACAUCUGGUGCUCCAUACCGUUCUAAAGCAGCCAAGCCUGCCUGGGCUUUGUUGGGUAUACAGAGACAAGGAGUUACUGGAAGAAAAAAAUAGCAUGCGUCACUGAUGUGACUAGAAGCCCGUGCCAUUUGUCAUAGGAGGGCUGCAAGGUUCAUUCAUCCCCCAAUAAGUAUAGCCUGUUAGGAUUCAGUUCAGCCCAACCUGGAUGGAGUGGGGGAUAUAACAAGAUGCUGCUUGCCCAACACGCUUUUCUCAGCAGACUCUCUGUCGAUGCCAGUUCGCUCCCUACAUCUUUCCCUUGGCCCUAACUAUUCUAUGUUUGCAGGGGUCUGGAUAGGUAUAAACAGUGUAGUGGGGGAUGUAAACAUCCUAUCGUUUACACCUUAAAGUUCUGCCAACAUCGAAGAGUUAGAGCCAAGGUGCGAAUCGGCUGUACGUGUAUCGAAAACAAGCUUACCUCCCUCAAGGGAUCGGGAUCGUCUGUAAGUGUUUCGAAAACAAGCUUACCUCGCUCAAGACACCAGGACUGCCUACAGUCGUGGCCAAAAGUUUUGAGAAUGACACAAAUAUGAAUUUCCACAAAGUUUGCUGCUUCAGUGUCUUU